AAUAAAACUCGAAAACUGCAAAUAAAUGCUCAUUAUUGGAUUUAUGAAAUGGAAACAGCCUCACUAGCACCUUCUCUAAAAAAUAUAGCUCCUCAACAGGAGUAUUUGUUACAGGGCAGUAUUUUUGACAACCACAGAGAUGUAUUACUUCGUAGAUUAAGGGGACUUUGUGACAAUGCUGAGAGCAAUUUUGAACAUUUCCAUGAUUAUGAGGCUGUUUACAUGUUGAGAAAUUCUACCACCACCCAACAGAAUCAGUUUGUAUUGUUUCGUGUGCGUCAUGCACUUGAUCAUCCUGAUGCUCCUGACUGGUCCAGCCUGGCAAGACUGAUGUCCAAAACCUUGAAGCACUUGGUCAGUCCCACCUUGUAGAGUUGAGUGUAGUUGCACCAUUGGGACAAGAACAGAUUGGGGAAGAUAUGAAAAACUUUGCAGAGCAGCUGAAACCAUUGGUAGUGUUGGAAAAAUUUGACCACAGAAGAAUACAGUGAAGUCACUAUAUAAACAAGCUUGACUUAUUGUGAAUUUUUAGUUUUAUACUCUUGUAUAUUAUUUUUCACUCUUGUUUUUUGAUAAAGACAAAUUGUAUUAAAAUUUACUGAUAUU